AUGGCUCUUCCGCGGGGACAUGAGCCUUACGUAAGAGGGGCGGCGCGCGAGGGGCUGGAAUGCCUGGGCGUGAGCAUGGCCGAUUGGUUCCCUCUGGCGUCGCGCUGUGCUCCUGGCGGCGGCGGCGGGGCGGGGACAUCAACGGGCGGAAUGGAGAGAUACAAGAACAUGCGAAUGUGGCUUAGGAACAUGCCUGGAUUCUGUAGGCGUACCGCAAGCGGUGAUGGCGGCGAGCGCACGGCCGCAAUGGUGGCUGUGGCGCGUGGCCCUUGCGGCCGCCGCGCCAGCCUCUGCUUCGCCGUCAUUCCCGAGGGCGACUCGCCGGCCCGCGCCCUGCCCAGUGCUGCCCGAGGGGCGGGCGGGCCGGGCACGGGCGCCUCGUGCCCCAGUGCAUGUCGGUGCCGCCCGCCGCGCCUGGUGGUGUGCCGGGCGGCCGCGGGCGACGUGCAGCCGCCCCUUCCGCCGCGUGACACGGAGUCGCUGGUGCUGGAGGGCUACGCGUCCGUGCCGGCGCACCUCCUGUCCCGGCUGCCCCACCUGCGCCACCUGCGGGUCAGCCACGGCCGCCUGCGGAGCCUGGACCUCCCGUCACUGCCGCAGCUGGAGACGCUGGACGUGUCGCACAGCGGCGUGAUGACCCUGAGCCGCAGACCUGCAGGGGCUGCGGCGCCUGCGGUGCUGGACCUGCGGGGCAACCCGCUGCACCGCGUGGCGCGCGACGCCCUGGUCGGCCUCGACGCCCUCGUGCAUCUCGACAUCUCCGGCAGCCAGGUGGUAGAGCUGCACAGCCAGUGGCUGCGCGACGCGCCCGCCCUCCGCCUGCUCAAUGUGAGCCACGCGCGCGUCUCGGAGCUGCCGCGGCUGCACGGCCGCAGCCUGGCCGUGGUCGACGCGUCGCACAACUUCCUGGUGGCGCUGCCGGAUGGGCUGGUGGUGUCGGCGGCCGUGGAGGAGCUGCACCUGCACCACAACCCGCUGCAGCAGGUGCAUCUGGCCGCCCUGGAGCACGCCGCCGCCCUGCGCUCGCUCGACCUCAGCCACACCGACGUGGUCAACAUAGACGAGUUCGUGUUCGCGCAGAUGCCACGGCUUCAGCACCUCAGCCUGGCCGACAACGCCCGGCUGGUUCGCGUCGAGCACGGCGCCUUCACGGGCCUGCACGCCCUGCGCUCCCUUAGCCUGGCCAACAGCCCCAGCCUCCAGGAGAUCGAGGAGGUGGCCUUCGAGGGCCUGCCCAAACUGGAGCUGCUCGACUUGCGCAACUCGUCCCUCUCGGUGCUCCCCCUGUCCCUGCGGCAGGUGGCCAACCACAGUGCGGUGCUGCUGGCCGGCACGCGCCUGCGCUGCGACUGCCACCACCACUGGCUGCCGCAGGUGCUCAGCGCCAGCGACGUCUCCCGCUGGAGCGGCGUGGCGCCCCUGCAGUGCACGGACGGCACGGCGCGCUCCGGUGCCCAGCUGGCCGCGCACCUGGAGGCGCUGGCGUGCCGUGCACCGACCGCCGCCGAGGCCCCGAACCCGUGGCGCCGCGUGAAGGGCGACCAGAGCGCCCUGCUGGAGUGCAACGUGACCGCGCACCCGCCGGCGGCCGUCCUGUGGCUCUCCGCCUCCAAGCAAGUCUUCCGUCACAAGGACAGCAGCGGCGACAGCGAAGGCUGGCUGUCGCACCACCUGCGCGGGCUCGAGGCAGCCGCCGUCACGUCCGACCCGCACAUGGAGGUGCUGCCCUCGGGCCACUUGCUCAUCAGGAACGUCAGCCGCGCCGACGUGGGCCGCUACAAGUGCUUCGCCUACAACAGCGUCAGCAACACGUCCGUGGUCGUGUUCCUCGGCCUCGACGACCAGCCCCUCAGGAACCUUUACACGGAGUCUCUCCUGUUCGGCUUCGCCUGCGCCACGCUCUUCCUGCUCAUCACCCUCCUCGUCCAGCUCAUCAACUACCUCAUGGACAGGUUGGGCUGGCAGUGCUGCUGGUCCUGCUGCUGCUGCAAGGACAGGCUCUCCCCCAAGGCACGCCAGAUCAGGAAGCUGCUCGAGAGCGUCGAGUCCUACAAGAGCCAACAGCUGGAGCGUCUGCGCGAAAACUAUAAUGCUCAGGUGGUGAGCAUCAAGGAGAGCUGCUACCUGCAAAUGGAGCGCAUCAGGGAGAGCUACGGAGGCCAGACCAAGCAUCUCAAGGACCUGAGGGACUACAGCACCCAGGGCCUCACCACCGUCAAGGACCAAUACCUCGAACAGCUGAACAAUAUCCGCGACUACUCGGUGUCUCAGAUGAACCGCGUGCGGGAGAACUACGUGUUCCAGCGCCACCGCAUCCGCAAGUUCAGCGCGCACCAGCUGCUGCGGCUGCGGGAGACCUACAAGUACCAGCAGAAGACCCUCAACAAGAUUCUCGAGAACCUACCCGACCUCUACCUCCAGAACUGCCGCACGGGGGGCUGCCAGCGCACCGACUCCAUCCUGUUCGACGACGCCCUCCACGGCAUCGACGCCUACUACAAGGUGGACUUCUUCGACACGCAGAGCCACGGCUCCGACUACUACACGCCCGCCCAGCACGCUCACGCGCUCCUUCCGCUCCUCCAAGGGCCAGGACAACAAGCGCCACUCCAGGAACUCCUCCAACACCUCCUGGACUUCGUGGAGGCCCAGCCGUGGAUCCGACGCGACUCCCUCAGCGUCGCCGGCAGCAGCCCCGCGCACAGCCACCCGCCGCCCGUGAGCGUCCGCAGCCACAACCGCAGCCUGAGCGUGGCUACGCCCACCUCCUACGCCCCAGACCCAGUGCGGGUGCACAAGCGCAGCCUCAGCGCCACUCACCCGUACCACAGGGUGGCCCCGGCGCCCGAGGGAAGGGGCGUGCCGGCCAGAAUAACCCUGCGGGAGGAGGCCAGCGACUACGACCUCGCCACGCCGCCCACGUCGCCCAGCUCCCUGCCCUCCACGCCCACCAGCAUGGCGCGGCAGAGGCUCGUCAUCGCGGAGGAGGCUCCCCGGGCGCAGAUGCAGGCCCCGCCCCCGGAAGCAGGCGUCCCCAAGGAGGCUAGUGGGGGUGAAAGAGGGCCGGCGAGCGCAGGGGAAGCGAGCGAGCGACCUGCUGCUGGGGAGGAGGCCGAGAGCCCCAGCCAAGGGCACGACCAGGACGACGAGCUCCUCGUGGCCGUCGUGGACGACUCCGCCAGCCACGCGUCCACCGCUUAUGAAACAUCCCUUUAGGCAUUUCCAGUGCCACUAACUUGCCAUUAUAAUCAGUCAAUUAGUGCUAGACACUUCAGAAGUCCGUCAAAAAGUGAUGUGUUAAAAAAAAUCCCCGCCAGAUGGUUCAGUGCAAGUGGAAUCGUCGAGUGGAAGUGAGGCCACCGAGCCUGAAAAUCCGAGUGCUUGCAAUAACAACGGAGGCAGUGAGAAUUGUGACUUGUAUAACAUUAAGGACAAAAUUCCGGUGUGAGGAAUGAAAAAAGCUAGUGAAACCUCUGGUGCCAACGUUGAGUGCCAGUAGACAACCACAUAGGCCCUGUUCUUGUGGACGGAAGGCGGCGCAGAGGCGAGCGAGGUGAGGUGAAACUCCCGUGCUUUGAUGACCCUGCAGGGGGCCCUCCAUCCAACCCCGAGCCAGUCUGCAUAACCCGCCUCGAAGAGAUCCAAGCCUGCGCCGCUCACAAUCCUAGGCAACAAGCCUGGAGCCGCGUGGCGAGAAGGUGGGUCCCCCUUGUCUGAGGUGAGCCCCGCAAAGGAGAGGUGGAGGUCAGGGCCUCUCCGCCCUGGGCUUCAGCUAUGCCUCCUCCUUCCUAUGUAGUUGUCUGACUGCCUCUUAAACGUGUCAUAGCUUCAUCCUAAAUAUCAUAAGUCAUAUAUUUUCAGGUUAGUGCCAUAUGCAAGGAACCAAUGACCAUCACAUAUUAUUUUUUAGGGUUGUUGUUUGCAUAGUUAAAGAAUAUAAGUUCAAGUAGAAA